CAAGAACUUUGAUCAAAGUGAGAAAAGUUGCUACCAAAGGUAAUAAUUGUGGUCACGUGCCAGGGACCGAAUUUGCAUCCAUCUGAAAAAUAUGAAUUAUCAAUCGGAGGAUCCAUCCUAAAACCGGGUCAGAUUAGACGAGAGCAGGAGAUAAAAAGGUCUCUAAUUCAAUACCUAUUCAAGCGCAUCGACCAAAAUAAUGAUAAACAAAUCUCUCUUACCGACUUAAAGAAUUGGUUGCAGCAUGUCAUGAUAAUGAGUUCUCGAAAGAUGGCUUUGUGGGGCUGGUCGAAAAUCCCGAGGAAAAACCGAAACUUGCUUACAUGGAAUGAAUUUCUCGACUCCGCAUAUGGUUCGGAUGAAGUACAACGACAAAACUCACAACUAUCUGCCGACCUUCGUCUACAAAUGAGAAUGGAUAAACGCCGUUGGAAUGCGGCCGAUCUGAAUGGAGACAAGAAACUGACGUUUGCUGAGUACACCAGCUUUUUGCAUCCACAAUUGGAGAACCAUAUGCGAGAUUCUCUAGUUUCAGACGUGUUGGAAACAAUCGAUCGGAACCAGGAUGGCGUCGUUUCAGAGCAUGAAUAUUUGGAAGAACUCGCUCGGGCCUACCGUUCAACGUACAUUCAGGGUGUCGUGGAACCCAAAUGGGUAUUUAAGGAGAGAGUACAAUUUCGAAAAUAUCUCGAUACGGACCGUAAUGGACUACUGAACCAUGAAGAAAUUGGUGAAUGGGUACUGCCUCAAGACUACGAGGAAAGCGAAGCUGAGGCACAGUAUCUCUUCUAUCACGUUGACCUGAGCAAGGACGGUGUACUAACUUUGGACGAAGUCAUGGCAAAAGCUGACUUAUUUUUACACAGCCAGGUCACCAAUUUCGGUAAAGCCAUAGAGUAUUAUCUCGACCUAUGAGUAUGCCAUUUUCGCUUCCCCAUCAUCCACCGAUGCUUAUGCACAUACACCCAGUAGACCCCAUAUAUUAGCAUGCGU